CUACCUCUCUCCCCAGCCCGCAGCCCGGCGCCACACGGCUGCACUUCCGUUACCCAGACGCCCGUGCAGGUGGGCGCACAAGGGUAAAACUUCCCAGUCCAAGUGCUUCUCUUUCUCUUUUUCAUUCAUAAGUCCAGUAACUUGGCCCUGCCCAGAUGCUCUGGCCCCUUCCAAGGCCGGCCUGGGUGGGUGCCUGAGGUGACUAGUUUGGAGGCAUCCUGUGUGGCCCCCACCCUCCUUCCAGCUGCCCUGCCCCUGAGCUGCCACCCUAAACUGACUCACUCAGAAGAGAACUGGAGGCGGGGUGGGCGGCAGGCGUUGCUGCCGGGGCUCCCGGGGAGGACACCCAGCCUGGCCAGCCCCGCAGUUUGCCUGGAUACUCUUUGGGGUUGGGAUGAGCUAAUCAGAGCAGGGCUGGCUGCUCGGCCCCGAGGCUGGCCACUCUCACUGUGAGCUGAGCUUGCUGGCCUAUGAGGAAGGCCUGAAUAGAAACUUCAGGUUCGGGGGGCCCAGCGAUGCUGGAAGAAAGAGUCCCCCCUUCCCCUCGCCCUUCAAGGGGACGGCUUGGCACAGGGAAUGGUGCGCUUUGGCUGGAGAAGCGCACAGCGCUGGCUCGGCCAGGACGCAAGUCUGGGGAGGCCCUGCUCACUACGAAGACUUCGGGGAGGCCAGGGCCACGAGGUGGAGGGGGGUCGGCUGGGGGGUCUGAACGGCUGGGGGAGCUGCGCCAGCGGGCUGGGCGCGCGGCGCUGCUGGGCGCGCAACGCCCGGGGCUGUCUCCACCUCUUCUGGCAAGUUGGACCUAUGAGUGCGCAGCUCGACUUACAACUGUCGGGAGGGUGAGCGCGUGCGAGCGCCGAGGGGGCGCGGGACCCUUGCAGCGUCGCAGGACCCCGGCGGGGCCGCCCACGUCCGCUGCCGCCGGAGAGCCCCGCGCCCACGGCCCCGCUCCGCGCACGGUGGAGGAGCCCCGGGGCCGUCCUGCCAGCCCCGACGGGAUGCCCGCAGCCAUGCUCCCCCACGUUUGCGUCCUGGCGCUUUUGGGAGCCUGCACCACGGAGGCGGCUGCGGUGGCAGGGGGCAGCCACCUGCGCUGGGAACCCCGCUGCCAGCAGCCCCUGCCUAACCGAGCACCUAUCACUGCAGUGCUGCCCCCGCGCCUUGACGGGCUCUGGAUCUCUACUGGCUGCGAGGUUCGCCCCGGGUCGGAGUUCCUCGCCCGAUCCUACACCUUUUACCCCAACCGCUUCUUCCGAGCCUACCAGUUCUACUACAGGGACCCCUUCUGCCGGGAGCCUGCCCACUCCCUGCUCAUCAAGGGCAAGGUCCGCCUGCGCCGGGCCUCCUGGAUCACCCGGGGUGCCACCGAGGCCGACUACCAGCUGCACAAGGUGGGCAUCGUCUUCCAUGACCACCGCGCUCUGCUCGACAUCGCCAGGCGCCUCAACCAGACCCAGGCUGGCCGGGAUUGUGCCUGGCAGUUGCCCCCUGCCCGGGCCUGGCUGCCCGGGGCACUGUACGAGCUGCUGAGUGCCCAGGCUGAGCGGGACUGCACAGCAGCCCUGGGCUUCACCAUGCAUGAGCUCAGCCUGGUCCGCGUGCAGCACCACCUGCAGCGGCAGCCCAGGGCUGGGCCCCAGCUCGUGGAGGAGCUGUACCUGGGGGACAUCCACACCGACCCAGCAGAGCGGCACCACUACCGGCCCACCGGCUACCAGCGGCCCCUGCAGAGUGCCCUGCACCACACUCGCCCCUGCCCGGCCUGCGGCCUCGUUGCCCGCUCUGAUGAGCACCACCCACCGGUGCUGCCCCCACAGGCGGCACUGCCCCUGCGCCUGGGCGGCCGGUGGGUCAGCCCUGCGUGCGAGGUGCGCCCUGCCGUGCUGUUCCUCACCAGACUCUUCACCUUCCACGGGCACAGCCGCUCCUGGGAAGGGCACUACCACCACUUCUCCGACCCUUCCUGCCAGCAGCCCACCUUCACUGUCUCUGCGGCUGGGCGCUACACCAGGGGCAGGCCAUCCACCAAGGUCCGCGGCGGCACUGAGCUGGUGUUCCAGGUUACACAGGCCCGUGUGACCCCCAUGGACCGUGUCACCACCGCCAUGCUCAACCUCUCGGAGCCAAGCAGCUGCGGGGGCCCGGGGGCCUGGUCCCUGGGGACCGAGCGGGACAUCACAGCCACUAAUGGGUGCCUGCCGCUGGGCAUCAGGCUCCCCCACGUGGAGUAUGAGCUUUUCAAGAUGGAGCAAGACCCUCUUGGGCAAAGUCUGCUGUUCAUCGGACAACGGCCCACCGACGGGUCAAGUCCUGACACCCCCGAGAAGCGCCCCACCUCCUACCAAGCGCCCCUGGUGCUCUGUGAGGGGCUGAUCCAGGACCCCCCUGGGUCCCCGGGGUACAGGCCUCUCAGUGGCAGGGGCCCAUGUCCUCAAAAGGCCCCUCUCCCCUUCCUGCUGCUAGUUCUAGGGCUGGCCUUCCUCAAGCAGCUAUGAAAUUGGUCUUUGACUUACGGACAGCUCCUCGGGGCCCCCACUGGACCCCAGGGCCCCUUCCGGCACAGACCCCUCCACCUGUCCGAGCAGGGCCGGCUCUGCCCUCUGCUCGGCUGGGACAGUUACAUGGCCCACUGCUCUCAGCUCGGCUGUGUCCCAGGGUGCCCAGCGCCUGAGGUCAACGGCACCUGCAAAGUCCACACAGUGGCUGGCGGCCAGCAGGUGACUCGAGCCCUGGCUGGGAGCGUGGGCUUCACAGCCAUGUCAAUUGUCCUGAGCUUCUGAACACUCGCCCCAAGUUCGGAGGGCAGUUCGGAUCCAGCACCGGAGGUGGACCGCGCUGGGUCUCCCUGCCCGACAGCACCCCCUUCUCUCCCUGGACGUCAUGAAAUUGGAGCAGGGCUCUGCACACAAUGCCGCCACCGCUUUGCCACACCUGGGGUUGUGUUUAAAGAUUAUUAAUUCUGGUUUAGCAAUACACACUUGAGCCGGAGCCAUGAAUUAAAGAUGCUGCUGUGGGCUUUCAGAACUUCUCAGCUCUCUGGCAGAGGGCUUGUCUCUCUGGGGGCACCUCCGCUUUCUUGAGCUGUGACUGCUGGCAUUUGUCUGCCCUACCUGUGUUUCUGCGAGUCGGGCCUCAAGCUACCAACACUGCUUGCAGAUAAACCCGGCCCUCCUGGGCCAGCACGCGGGUGCAGGCGGCCCCAUCCAAGCAGAGAUGCGGGGGCCCCCUUGCCCACACCGAACCCCAGCACGCCGGGCUGGCUGCUGGGGGCAGAUCUUUGGAGGAAAGCAGCAUUCCAGCCUUUGGAAAGUAAUUAAUCCUAAUGAUAGCAGGAACACUAACGUGCUCUGUAAUUAGCUCGGAGUAAGCGUCCUCUGCUUGCAAGAUUCCCUGUGCUUGACUGACAGGAAGGGAGAGGAAGCUCUGCGUGUGUCUUCGGCACCAUCACAGGGAGAGGUCGGGGUCGUGGGGCUACAGGGCAGCAUCAGGGGGAGGAGGCAGCCCGCUCGCCACAGUGCGAAUGCGCCGACGUCUCUGCUCAGGGGUGGCUGCCAUCAAGGUGCAGACAGGCUGUGCCUCGCCAGGGGCCGUGCCUGUGUUCCCAGGGUCUCAUGGGCACACUGAGAAGUUAACUGGCAUCCUGGUGGGCUCGAGGGUUUCUGGGACUGUGUGCCCAUGAUUCACCCUCCUUCCUCUGCCCGAUGCUCAUCUCUGGAUCUUAUCACAGAUCUUGAACAAUAAUUGUCUGUGAGGCUAAUGAUUCUUUCAGAGGGAAGCUCUUGUCCUCUGUUAGAUUGUGUGGGGUUCAAUCAGCCCGCUGAAAUUGCUCUAACUUAUCUGCCCAUUCUUCUUGAAAAAAAAACCAAAAAACCCAACACGUUAAUAUUCUCUGUGGGUCUCAGAGAGCUAUGAGUGUUCCUGGCAUAUUUACCAAAGUACAAGAAGUAAUUAGAUUAUUUACGGUCACAGACUACAUCAGGAUGGGGGGUGGGCUUCCCGGUGGGGAUGAGGUUGGGUGCAGAUAAUGUGUCCAUGGCUGAGCAAGUCUUGUAUCCUAGGCUUCAGGCAACCAUGCCACCAUUUAUCAUCACAAUUGAAUCUUUUAAUAAAAUUGAACAGCCUGAAAAAUGUUCUUCCUGGUUAUUAAAGUCAACCACGGGGAUUAUGGUUCUAAAGAAAGGAAGUGCAAUGUCUUCCAGAGAAUGAGUGAAAGAGAAUAAAACCAGUAGAGAUAAACUCUGGCUCUCCCUGUUUGUUACAUGCCUUCAGUGCCUGCCACAGCCCUGCUCUGUUUAAGACUCUCCAGGAGCCACCAGUGCAACCAGAGUGAGGCCCCAACAUCACGGUCACUGAUGUGGGCAAGGGCCAGUCAUACCGCCCCUCACCCCGGCUGUACUGGCCUUCCCUCUGUUGAUCGCACCAAAUUGUUUCCUGCCUCAGGGCCUUUGUACAUGCCAUUUCUGCUGCCUAACAUCUCUCCCCCCAGAUCCUCAGAAACUUGGCUAUUUCUUUUCAAGACUCGGACCAAAUGUCACCUCUGCAGGGAGGCCCACCAUCAGCAUCUCAAAAGCAGCAGACUCCCUUUCCAUGUGUCCCCCCAUUUGCCCAUCCCCUCCACUGCUUCCUGUUCUUUAUAACUUACUGAUCGCUGUCUGAAAUCUUACCUAUUCACAUUUAUUCUCUGCCUCCCCUGCCACGAAUGCAUCAGGGAAAGGGGAGGGCUGAGCCAGUCCCUGUGCCCUUUGUCAGCAACUUCUGCCAUGC